AUGUAUCGUUUUCCUCGUAGAGUAAAUAAACGUCGUCGCGUUCGACAGAUCAAACGUCAAACUGUUCGUCAAGUAAUCGUUGGAGAAAAUUCUUCUGAUGCAAGCUGCAUUGAUGAUUAUGGUGAACAAUUUCCAGUAACAUGUGAUCAACAACAACAAAUAAAUGUAGAAGAUUGCUCUAGGAUAAUCAAUAAUGGGGGUUUGUUGUAUUCAGAGUCUGUUAAUAAGAACGACGAUAAUGUCUAUUGGACUAGUGAAGAUGAAUAUGAAAACGACACACUUCCAUUGUUUCAUGGUUCUCCUAUUAGUAUCACGGAUGCUAUUCAUCGAAUCUCUAAUUUCUAUUUAAGUCUAAAUUUAGAUAAAGAUAAAGUAAACAAAUUACUUCAUUUAAUUAAAGGUUUACUUCCAAAACCAAAUCUAUUGCCGAAGACAUUGACACGUAUGACAAAAGCAUUGAAACAUGUUUCAUCAACGUCCACUAGUUGGCUUCGUAGUGAUUGUUAUCAAUCAUGCCACACGCCUGAAGUACGUUACAAAAUGUGUGCCGAUCAAAAUUGCUCCACUUCAUUUCGACAACGUCAAGCAACAGAAGUUAUUGAGAUAGUUCGAUUUGAUAUUAGAUCACAAAUUCAAUCCAUUAUCAACAGAAAUGCUUAUUUCAUAAAUAAACCAUGUUUAUUUCCGAAUAGUGAUGUUUGUUAA